CUGCAGAACCCGCGGCGGUAUCUCGUGCCCUUGCUAUACGUCUUGCUCGGCGUCGGCCUCACGUGCAUCUGGCAGGCCGAGACGACGUCCGUCAUCCUCAGCAACCUCAAGCACGGCGUCUUCUCGGCGUCGCCGCCACCCGUGCCCGAGGUGGAGCCGCCGGUGCUGCCCGACUCGCUCGACCAGGUCAUCGUGCGCAAGCGCGGCGCCAAGAUUGGCUACGUCACGCUCAAGUUCGGCAGCGGCUCGCGUCACAGCGACCCACUGCCGCCGCCGCCGGUGGCGCUGGACGCUGACGGCAAGGCCAUCAACAUCACCGUGCCCUACAACCCCUACGACCUCUCCAUCGACCUGAUGCAGAACUAUGCACGUCGAUGGGGUUACCCAUUCUGGCUCGUGCGCGAGGAGGUGCUCCGCGGCCCGCAAGGCGGCGGACAGACCGGCAUGUGGUCGAAGCCCGCUGCCCUCCUCUCCCUUGUCACCGACGAGCUCCGCAAGCCCAAGGCGGACCGCCUCGAGUGGAUUUUGUACUCGGACGCCGACUUUGUCGUGACGAACCCCAACGUUCCUCUCGAGAUGUUCCUGCCGCCCGACACCGAGUUCGGCCGGACGCAAUCGUUCCUCAUGGCGCGUGACCAGUGGGGCCCCAUCAACGCCGGCGUGCUGCUCGUGCGCGUUGCGCCGCAGAGCAUCAAGAUCCUCUCGACGAUCAUCGCCGCUCCGAUCUACGAGCCGCAGCACUCGUGGUGGAACGGCGAGCAGACGGCGCUGGGCAUGGCGGGCUCCAACAACGAGCUUACCGACAGCAUCGCCAUCGUGCCGCCGCAUUGGUUCAAUGCGGACAUGUUCGGCACGUUCCAGCCGAACCACCAGUUCAAGACGAAGAUCUGGUACCCGGGAGACUUUGCCUGCCACCUGAUGAGCGCCGACAAGACGGGAUGGGAUGCGCUGCUGAACGCCGUGUACCCGGCCAACAACAUCAGCCGCGCCGUCGCGGGCGCGGUGCGCGUGCCGGCACCCGAGAUCGCCGGCGCGCGCCUCGACGUGCCGCUCAACGAGACGCGCUACAUGACGGGCAACGAUACGGUGGCCAUGUGGUGGGAUUCGUGGGCGGCCAUGAACGCCACGGAGCGGCGCACCUACGUCGCCGACUCGAGCCGUCAGAACUAGAUUGCCCGGCCGCAAGCGCGCGCCGCCUCUCGCAAGCUCUG